UCCCAUUGCACCUCGGGAAAUUCGUUCAGGUACUGCGGGUCAUUUAAUUUUUGUCUGCCAAUUUAUUUUAUUUCCCUUGAAAAAGGCUCAAACUGGCGUUGUUAAGAGGCGUUGUUUUAGAUAUUCCCAGGGAACAGGGCCCGUAAAUAAGCAGUUUCCAGAAUUCGGCUCAGCACAGAAGAGAUUUGAGGAAUCAACAAUUUGCUCUCAUCAUGACGGAAGACCUGAGCGACAUGGAGAGGUUACGAGCACAGAAUCUAUCUCUCCUCAAGGAACUACAGAAGGGACAGCGUGACCUGAGGGCAUCCAUCAGGUCCACAGGGGCCAACAGAGGGAGCCCUUUAAAAGAGUCCAGCGUGAAGUUUCAGAGGGAUUUGCUGGAUGUCUCAACAAUGUCUUCUGUUCGACACAAGCCAACAAGAGAUGCUCCACACUCGCGCCUGACGAGCACACCCAAGCAUACAAACUCAGCCACCAAACCCAGGGGUGGUUCACAUCCGCAAGAUGAACCCUUCCCAAAUCCACCAGUCGUUGAUCCCGUGCCGACCGCCACCCCAACCCGUCUGUACGAAAGUUUUCUCAGCGAGAGUCAUUCCACAUUCGGGCGAAGUUCAGGCAAACGUGACAAGGCAAAGACUGUAAAGCAGACGAGACGAAAAACUCCGGGUAGCAGUACAAAAGGAACAACCGGAAGUAUCAAACGGAAAAGUCGAACCCCAAGAAAAUCACCCAAAUAUCGAACGGGAGCAAGUGUCACUACCUUCACCCCGAGUCCAAACAAGAAAGGACCCAAAAUUCCUUACUCAGUACGACUUGAGACUUCAAGCCUGCUCCCUCCUCCGUUAUCUGAGAAAGAAAACCUCCGGGGUCAGGGGUCACGGUAUGGGUACCGGCGACCCCUUGACUUAGCGCAUGAGGAGUCGUAUUACCAGCUGAACAGGGACAGUCCGCUCAGGACUGGACCGCAGAUGGGUCAACUUGAGAGAAGUUUUGCAGGACAGCUCUUGGCUGACGGCAAUGACAGGCGACAAAGGAAAAGAAGCCAGGAGGUCACGACACAACCCAAGUCCAUUUUGUUGACACCGGGAACAAGACUGAACAAGUCAAGAAACAGGGUCAGCUUCCGCCGUUCACCGAGCGCGUCAGCGACCUUUGACCCUGAUGACAGCUUGGCUAACCGGAGCCAGCCUCUCCUGGGAUACGAUUGGAUCGCGGGGCUGCUGGACUCGGACGCGCCAGUCAGCGAGCACUCCGAGGCUUUCUUUGACGAGUUGCGACAGUUCCGACAAGCCAACAGGGAAGAGUGCAUACACAAGGCAACAACUGAGAAGCUUGAUGUAUCAGCCCUGACUGCAAGUGUUACCGAUGAUCUACAGGAAGAUAUGAAACCAGACAGGCAUACAUGUAUUCACAACUACACCUUGAACCCUCGUCUGUUUGCCGUUCCCUUACACGGUACCCAGAACGGUCAGAGCCUGUGUGCCAUCUGUAAUGAUCGACGGAAACCCAAACAGCCUGGAGCCAGUUCCCCAUCCUAUAUCAGAGUGAGCAUUCCGAGAUCCACCCUGGCCUCCCCCUACCGGCUCCGCCCCCAUCGGAGGAAAAGCUACGAUCCUACAGACUCGGUUGGGCUGUCACAGCACUGCCUUGCUGGUUGGCAGAGCUCCAAGCCAUCCAUGCUACCCACCGCUUCCAACAUUGACCUGAAGGGCUGUGUGGACAAGAUGGCUUCCAGUGCACUCAACCUGAUGUCUUACCCAUCCCAAGAGCCCUCCUUUCGCUGCGAGAAUGCAGCAAGAAUCUCCAAGCACACGCAAGAGUUGUUGAAUCGCUCCCAUGCGCUACAGUUGGACCUGCAGAAACUGGAGCGUGUCGGGAUGUCCGUGGCUCGACUCCCACCCAGGCCACAUUCAACCUCCUACCCGGUGCUUUGACACAAUCCUGAAUAUACACCACUUACACGUACCUGGUAAGAUACAUUUUGGACAUAAUUUUUGUGUCGGGGAGUUGUGUCAGGGUAUGUGACUCAUGACCAGAGGGUCAGGGGUUCGAAUCCAUCUGCUGACCAUAUGUUGUGUCCUUGGGCAAGCCACUUCACCCCCACUUGCCUCUCUCCACCCAGGAGUAUAAAUGGAUACCUGCAUUAGCUGGGAGUAACCUGCGAUGGACUAGCAUCCCAUCCAGGGGGAAUAGAAAUACAUUUGUAUUGUCAGUUGUUUCAAGCCAAGGAAACUGGAGAUAAAUGCUGGCCUGAUGGGCCAUGCUUAUUGGCUUGUUACAGACUUUACUCGUUCCUAAAAACUUUUUUUGCCCUUUAACGACAUAAUUUCAUAAGCACUAUACACUCAGUGCCGCCAAAAAGCGUCCAAGAAAAAUUCACUUAUUAUGGUGGGACUCGAACCAACUAACUCCUGCUUGCUAGUGCAGACAUUUCAUCACUUAGAAUGCUAUGGUCCAGUGGUUACGGUGUUUGACUCACGAUGGUGCGUGGGUUCGAAUCCCGCCAGGAACAUGGUGUUUGUGCCCUUGGGCAAGACACUUAACUACAAUUGCCUC